GAAUUUACAAUUUUUUUUCUGUUUUUUUUUAGGUAGUUCAAGAAUAUGAAAGAGCGGUCAUUUUUAGGCUUGGUCGUCUUUUAUCUGGCGGGGCAAAAGGACCUGGAAUAUUUUUCAUCUUACCCUGCAUCGAUGCAUACGCCCGAGUUGAUUUAAGAACCAGAACUUACGAUAUUCCACCUCAAGAGGUUUUAACCAAAGAUAGUGUUACAGUUUCCGUUGACGCCGUCGUUUAUUAUCGAGUUUCAAACGCGACCGUAUCGAUUGCAAACGUUGAAAAUGCUCAUCAUUCAACGAGAUUACUCGCGCAAACCACCUUAAGGAACAUCAUGGGUCAAAGGCCUUUACACGAACUCUUAAGCGAACGCGAAAGUAUUUCUCAACAUAUGAAAUCCCUUUUGGAUGAAGCAACAGAUGCUUGGGGAAUAAACGUUGAAAGAGUUGAAAUAAAAGACGUUCGUUUACCAAUUCAACUUCAAAGAGCUAUGGCGGCUGAAGCUGAAGCCGCCAGAGAGGCUCGCGCUAAAGUCAUCGCGGCUGAAGGAGAACAAAAAGCUUCGAGAGCUUUGAGGGAAGCUUCCGAAGUUAUUGGGGAUUCACCUGCUGCUUUACAAUUACGUUAUUUGCAGACUUUAAAUACAAUAUCCGCUGAAAAGAACUCAACAAUUGUGUUUCCUUUACCCAUCGAUAUGCUGACUUACUUCAUGAAAGCACAUCAAGCAACAUCCAGUUCGGUUAAUAGCUAAAAGAAAAAAUAAAAAAAAAACAAAAAGAAAAUUAUUAAUCAUAUUAAAUAUUCGCACUUUAUUGACCUUUACUUAUUUUAAAAUAUAACAUUUAAUCAGCUUAAAUUUGGGACCAUGUCAAGAGAAAAUUUUAUAGCUUAACUACGAUUUUUAUUUAUAAUUAUGUAUAAAUGUAAAUGUGCUUUUAAAAAAUAAAUGUUUUUGAAAUGUG